UCUUUCCGAGCGCAGCAUCAAGAACAUGGCUGACGUGACGGUGGUGGACGGAGAGAAACUAAGCAAAAAGUCGCUCUGCUGCCUGUGGUAGUUCAGCAUGCUGUGUCUGGUCAGGGCAGCCAGGCUGCAGCUGUGCCACGCCUUUGCGAUCAGGGGGCAGUGGUUAAAACAUGCACCCCCGUGUACAGCUGCACACCCAGCUCAGUUUCACGGGACCCAUUGGAGAGGUGGCAAAAGUGAGCUGAAGAGACGAAUGAAAGCAGAGAAAAAAGCUGCUGAGAAAGAAGCAAAAGUGAAAGAGCUGGUGGAACAAAACAAAGAAUCCAAUGAUCAUGGAGCACAAAAUGCCUCUGCGUUGGAUGAGGAGACACUUGACCCCACUCAAUACUUCAAGAUCCGCUCCCAGGCCAUCAAUGACUUGAAGGGAACUGUGGAGGACCCGUACCCACACAAGUAUCAUGUGGACUUGUCACUCACAGAUUUCAUUGAGAAGUUCAGUCACCUGCAGCCUGGGGAUCAGCUCAAAGAUGUUCUGCUCAAUGUGUCCGGUCGCGUCCAUGCCAAGAGGGCUUCUGGUGCCAAGCUGAUUUUUUACGACCUGCGAGGAGAAGGUGUCAAGUUGCAGGUUAUGGCAAACUCCAGGAACUACCACUCUGAGGAGGACUUUGUAGCCAUCAACAACAAACUGCGCAGAGGUGACAUCAUCGGGGUCCGUGGAAACCCCGGAAAGACAAAGAAGGGGGAGCUGAGCAUCAUUCCCAUCGAGAUGACCCUGCUGUCACCGUGUUUGCACAUGUUGCCCCACCUCCACUUUGGCCUCAAAGACAAGGAAACCCGCUAUCGCCAGCGAUACUUGGAUCUGAUACUUAAUGACUACGUAAGACAGAAGUUUAUAACUCGCUCCAAAAUUAUCACAUAUAUGCGCAGCUUCCUGGACCAGAUGGGGUUUUUGGAGAUUGAGACUCCAAUGAUGAACAUUAUCCCUGGUGGAGCCGUGGCUCGUCCAUUUAUUACUCACCACAAUGAGCUGGACAUGAACCUGUACAUGAGAAUCGCCCCUGAGCUUUACCACAAGAUACUUGUGGUUGGUGGAUUAGACCGAGUGUACGAGAUCGGUCGUCAGUUUAGGAACGAAGGCAUCGAUCUUACUCAUAAUCCAGAGUUCACCACCUGUGAAUUCUACAUGGCUUAUGCAGAUUACCACGAUUUGAUGGAAAUCACGGAGAAAAUGGUGUCAGGAAUGGUAAAACACAUCACGGGGGGAUACAAGGUGACUUACCAUCCUGAUGGUCCGGAGGGACAGGCUUACGAGGUUGACUUCACUCCUCCGUUCAGGAGAGUGAGCAUGACACAUGACCUGGAGAAAAUCAUGGGUGUCAAGUUCCCUCCUACUGACAGCUACGACAGCAAUGAAACGCGCAAAUUCUUUGACGACCUGUGUGCCGCUAAAGGAGUUGAAUGUCCUCCACCCCGGACCACCGCCCGCCUUCUUGACAAGUUGGUUGGCGAUUUCCUCGAGGUCACGUGUAUCAGUCCAACGUUCAUCUGCGAUCACCCUCAAAUCAUGAGCCCCUUAGCAAAAUGGCACAGAUCCAAAAAAGGCCUGACGGAGCGUUUUGAGCUCUUUGUCAUGAAGAAGGAGAUCUGCAACGCUUACACGGAGUUGAACGAUCCAGUCAGGCAGAGGGAGCUGUUUGAGCAGCAGGCCAAGGCCAAAGCUGAGGGUGAUGACGAAGCCAUGUUCAUCGAUGAGACUUUCUGCACGGCGCUGGAAUAUGGUCUGCCGCCCACCGCUGGCUGGGGGAUGGGCAUCGAUCGUCUCGCCAUGUUCCUCACGGACUCCAACAACAUCAAGGAAGUGUUGUUGUUCCCAGCUAUGAAGCCUGAUGACAUUAAGAAGCCCACUCCUUCUGAGGACGCCUCUGCCUAGUUCUUGACCUCUGACCUCUCCUGCUGUCCGGUCUCUGCAGGAGCCCGUAGGAAACGGGAGUCUUUACCUCAGCGUGGUCACCACUGCAGGCUAAGUUUUAUCUGUUGUAGCUCAUUAAAUGUUUUCUGUCAUUAGGGGAAAUCAUCUUUUAUAUGAUUGAAUGGUAAACUAUAAUGGAUGAUUCUGUUGGGUUGUAAAAGUUUUAAUCCUGUUCAAAUGAUACCACUCAGUACCGUUAGUGCAAACCUGGAUGUAAUACUUCUCGAUUGUACGCCGAGCUACUUCAGGGGUCCUUUCUACUUUAUACCAAAAACACAAAUGGAUACAGACCCUAUGAAUAAAUCCAGUUCCAAGUC